UAAAUUACUUUCAGAGUAAUAUUAGUACUAAUUACCCAGUAAUGUUAAACCUCAAAACAUUUAUACAUUAGAUAUUGGAAUUAUACAAUUUGCAAAAUUACAUUUUGCAAUCAGAUAUAGUACUUCAAUAGCUCAGUGAAAGUUAAACUAUAGAAUAAAUAUUAUAGAAGAGAAAAGUAUAGUUUCAAACCGAAUUAAACGAAAAUAUUCCAAAAUGAAUGUUCUAUUACAAGGGAUGAAAAAUUUAGUACUUAAUAAAUCAUUGGGAGAGUCAACUAGAUGUAUGGCAUCACUUUAUCAAAUGCACAAGACAGGCCCUCAUAAAAAACCAAUGUUCAAACGGAAUCCGUUGGGAGACAAUCCAUUUUUAAAAGGUGUUAUACUGAAAACUCUAAUUAGAAAACCAAAGAAACCAAAUUCGGCCAAUCGAAAGUGUGUCUUGGUGCGAUUAAGCAAUGGCAAGGAAAUGAUUGCUUAUAUACCUGGUGAAGGACACAAUCUUCAAGAACACAAUGUUGUAUUAGUACGUAACGGGCGGUGUAAAGAUUUGCCUGGUGUAAAAAUAACGUGCGUUAGAGGAAAAUUUGAUUUACCACAUGUUGUAAAAAAAACACAGACUAAUUCUUAAUUCUAUAGUAAUGUUAUAUCAUUAUCAAUUUUUCUUUUUGUAUAUUAGUCAUUAAUAAAAUUAAAAUAUUAUAUUAGUUUAUUUA